CAAAAUGAGCUUUAAAAAGGUUUGUUCAGGAAGCACAUAUGGGAGCUGGUCACUCCGCAUUUUGAGCCCUCCUGGAGGUGCUUAGACCUUCGGAGAGAGAAACUGAGACACAUGAGAAGGGAGAAAUGACUCAGUGGUGAGACCCUGUGGAGUCCCACCCACAACCAGCACACUGUGACCCACUGCACAAACCUCUAGCCCACAGCUCACUUCCUCCUUUAAGAAGAGAAGAGAAGAGAAAAGAAGAGGAGAGGAGAGGAGAGGAGGAAGAGAAAAGAAAAGAAAAGAAAAAGUGGGAAACAAAUAAUCUAAGAAUGAGGAGAAAGCAAGAAAAGUGACCCCCUUGUGGGCACUCCAUUGGUUUUAUGGCGCCUCUACUUGCUGGAGUUUGUGUAAAACAAAAAUAUUAUGGUCUUUGUGCACAUUUACAUCAAGGGAUUGAGGUGCAGAGGGACGGCCAAGGACGCAACGGGCACCGAGAAGGCAGGAAAGACUCAGAGCUCAGCCUGGACAGCACAGCCAGGUGUCAGGUGCGUCUCUGCUGAUCUGAGUCAGCUUGCAGCAUGGACCUGGAUCUUCCUUGAAGCAUCUCCAGGGCUGGAGAGACGACUGCCAUGCACCAAGGGCUCAUCCAUGCGCAGAGCAGGGCAGUGGGAGGAGACGCCAUGACCCCAAUCCUCACAGUCCUGAUCUGUCUCGGGCUGAGUCUGGGCCCCAGGACCCACGUGCAGGCAGGGCACCUCCCCAAGCCCACCCUCUGGGCUGAGCCAGGCUCUGUGAUCACCCAGGGGAGUCCCGUGACCCUCAGGUGUCAGGGGAGCCAGGAGACCCAGGAGUACCAUCUAUAUAGAGAAAAGAAAACAGCACGCUGGAUUACACGGAUCCCACAGGGGCUUGUGAAGAAGGGCCAGUUCCCCAUCCCAUCCAUCACCUGGGAACACGCAGGGCGGUAUGGCUGUUUCUACGGUAGCCACACUGCAGGCUGGUCAGAGCCCAGUGACCCCCUGGAGCUGGUGGUGAUAGGAGCCUACAUCAAACCCACCCUCUCAGCCCAGCCCAGCCUUGUGGUGACCUCAGGAGGAAGCGUGACCCUCCAGUGUGUCUCACAGGUGGCAUUUGGUGGCUUCACUCUGUGUAAGGAAGCAGAAGAUGAACACCCACAAUGCCUGAACUCUCAGCCCCGUACCCGUGGGUGGUCCUGGGCCAUCUUUUCCGUGGGCCCCGUGAGCCCAAGUCGCAGGUGGUCGUACAGGUGCUAUGGUUAUGAGUCGAGCUCUCCCUAUGUGUGGUCUUUACCCAGUGAUCUCCUGGAGCUCCUGGUCCCAGGCGUUUCUAAGAAGCCAUCACUCUCAGUGCAGCCAGGCCCUGUCUUGGCCCCUGGGGAGAGCCUGACCCUCCAGUGUGGCUCUGAUGUCGGCUAUGACAGAUUCGCUCUGUACAAGGAGGGAGAACGUGACUUACUCCAGCGCCCUGGCCGGCAGCCCCAGGUUGGGCUCUCCCAGGCCAACUUCACCCUGGGCCCUGUGAGCCGCUCCCACGGGGGCCAGUACAGAUGCUACGGUGCACGCACCGUCUCCUCCGAGUGGUCGGCCCCCAGUGACCCCCUGGACAUCCUGAUAGCAGGACAGAUCCGUGACACACCCUUCAUCUCACUGCAUCCGGGCCCCACGGUGUCCUCAGGAGAGAAUGUGACCCUGCUGUGUCGGUCAUGGUGGCAGUUCCACACUUUCCUUCUGACCAAGGCGGGGGCAGCUGAUGCCCCCCUCCGUCUAAGAUCAAUACAUGAAUAUCCUAAGUACCAGGCUGAAUUCCCCAUGAGUCCUGUGACUUCAGCCCACGCGGGGACCUACAGGUGCUACGGCUCACUCAGCUCCAACCCCUACCUGCUGUCUCACCCCAGUGACCCUCUGGGGUUGGUGGUCUCAGGACCCUCUGGGGGCGCCAGCUCCCCCACAACAGGCCCCACCUCCAUACCUGCAGGCCCUGAGGACCAGCCCGUCACCCCCACGGGGUCGGAUCCCCAGAGUGGUCUGGGAAGGCACCUGGGGGUUGUGACCAGUGUAUUGGUGGCCUUCGUCCUACUGCUCCUCUUCCUCUUCCUCGUCCUCCGACAUCGACGUCAGGGCAAACACUGGACAUCGGCCCAGAGAAAGGCUGAUUUCCAACAUCCUGCAGGGGCUGUGGAGCCAGAGCCCAGAGACAGAGGCCUGCAGAGGAGGUCCAGCCCCGCUGCCGACGCCCAGGAAGAAAACCCCUAUGCUACCGUGAAGGACACACAGCCUGAGGAUGGGGUGGAGCUGGACACUCGGCAGAGCCCACACGAUGAAGACCCCCAGGCAGUGACGCAUGCCCCCGUGAAACACUCCAGACCUAGGAGAGAAAUGGCCUCCCCUCCCUCCCCACUGUCUGAGGAAUUCCUGGACACAAAGGACACACAGGCAGAAGAGGACAGGCAGAUGGACACUGAGGCUGCUGCAUCUGAAGCCCCCCAGGAUGUGACCUACGCCCAGCUGCACAGCUUGACCCUCAGACGGGAGGCAACUGAGCCUCCUCCAUCCCAGGAACGGGAACCUCCAGCUGAGCCCAGCGUCUACGCCACCCUGGCCAUCCACUAGCCCAGGGGGCACCCAGACUCCACACUCCAUGGAGUCUGGAAUGCAUGGGAGCUGCCCCCAGUGGACACCAUUGAACCCCAGUCAGCCUGGAUCUAUGCCAGGAGACUCUGGGAAUUUUAGGGGUCACUCAAUUCUGCAGUAUAAAUAACUAAUAUGUCUACAUUUUUGAAAUAAAGCAACAGACUUCUCAAUAAUCAAUGAAGUAGCUGAGGAAACUAAAAGUCAGAAAGUGCAUUAAACUGAAUCACAAUGUAAAUAUUACACAUCAAACGAUGAAAUUGGAAAACUACAAGCCACAAAUGAAUGAAUUAGAAAAGGAAAAAAAGUAGGAAAUGAAUGAUCUUGGCUUUCCUACAAGAGAUUUAGGGCCAGGUGAGGUGGGUCACGCGUGUAAUUCCAUCACUUUGGGAGGCCGAAGCAGGCAGAUCACGAGUUCAGGAGUUCGAGACCAUCCUGGCCAACAUGGUGAAACCCCGUCUCUCCUAAAAAUACAAAAAUUAGCGGGGCAUGGUGGUGGGCGUGCCUGUAAUCUCAGCUAUUUGGGAGGCUGAGGCAGGAGAAUCGCUUGAACCAGGGAGUCAGAGGUUUCAGUGAGCCAAAAUCGCGUCACUGCUCUCCAGCCUGGCGACAGAGGGAGACUCCAUCUCAAAUUAAAAAAAAAAGAGAGAAAGAAAAAGAGAAAAAAGAAAUUUAGAAGAAUAACAA